AUGUCGCAACCAGAUGGUGAUGAUACCACACCACUACUAUCACACAAUGAUGCUCCAGAGAAUCCCUUAAUUCUAGCAACAUCCAGCUCAUCGAACACGAAACCAAACACAAACACGAAUACAACGGAUGUGUCAUUGGCGAAGAAGAAGCAAGGUACAAGUACUCCCACUGUAUCAUUAGGCACAACUACAAAAGCACACUCCAAAAUGUCUAAAUCAAACAAAAUAGGAUUACAAAGAACAAGUAGAACGUCACAGAAACUAAAACUAUUACCAGAGGACCCUAAUUUGGAUGACAUUACCAAGGGACAAGUAACUUCUGGUGAUGACGAUGACGAUGACGACGAUGACGAAGGAGAUGAUAUUUUUGCAACACGACCAACAAGAGUUUAUUCUCAAGUAAAACGAAUCACCAACGCGUUUGCUCGUAAGGAUGCUGAGACUUUGGGAAAACUGCAUAGGGAUUUAUUGCCCAGAGUCACGGCGUAUUGUACUUGUGCAUCGUACAGAAUGAAGGAUUUGUUAAGAUGGUUAAAGGAUAGGAAGAGAAUUCACAAUACCAGUCCUAAAUUGUUUGAUGAAUGUUUGUAUACCCCAUUUACGUAUAAGGACUGGAGAAGUGAUAGCAACAGCAAUAGCAAUGGUAAUGAUGAGGAUGGCAAUGGACAUAAAUUGAUUAGGUUAGCUGACGAAGGUGGUGAAAUCGACAUGGGUAAAAGGUCUGAUUUAUUUGUAUUUGAAUAUGGUGUUGUCAUCAUGUGGGGAUUCACUCAAAAAGAAGAAGCUGCAUUCUUGGAGGAUUUGGCCAAGUUUGAAAGUGAAAAACUAUCGGCCGAAGACAUUCAAAUUGAGGAGUUUAACUACUACAUUACUAAAUCUUAUCAACCAAGGAUAUACAAUGAUUUCAUUACAUUGAAAGAUGACGAAAACUACAUGUUGAAACUAUCGAUAUCUCAUGCACUUGCCCAAUCAGUUAAAAUAUCUUUAUUUGAAGAAUUGGUCGACAAUACCAUUGAAGAUACUCAAGAUAUCCCUCAACAGAUUGCCCAUACCGGUAAAGUGGAAAUGUCAAGGGACGAAAUCAUGAAGUCUAUUGGAGAAUUGUUCAUUUUAAGGAUCAACAUCAAUUUACACGGUUCAGUAUUGGAUUCACCAGAACUUAUGUGGGCUGAACCUCAUUUGGAACCAAUUUAUCAAGCCACUAGAGGCUACCUCGAAAUUAAUCAACGUGUUGAAUUGUUGAAUCAAAGAUUGGAAGUUAUAUCGGAUUUGUUGCAGUUGUUGAAGGAGCAAUUGGGUCACUCGCAUGAGGAGAAUUUGGAGUUUAUCGUCAUUGUUCUUGUUGGGGUUGAAGUUUUGGUGAGCAUUGUCAACAUCAUUGUUGAUGUUUUAACAUACAAGAAAUAG